UGAAAACUAAAAUUCUGCAUCUGUUUUAUUGGCAAGAAUGCAGUCCCAAGUUAAUAAGGAUAAAGUUUAUGAAGAACUUGAUUUGACCCAAGAAGGUUUGACAGAGGAAGAAAUUUUAAGACGAAAAACAAGAUUGUUUGUCGGUGGAUUAAAGUUUACGUCGGAGGAUCGAGUGUUAGAGGAAUAUUUCUCUAAGUUUGGAGACAUCAAAGAAGCCAUAAUCAUAAGAGAUCGCAAUAACGGAUGUUCUAAAGGAUACGGGUUUGUAACCAUGAGAACUCACGAGAGUUCGUUAAAAGCAACAAUUAACAAAUCACCCAAAUUGGACGGACGAAAAUGUAACGUAAAUUUUGCUUAUAUUGGAGAAAAGAAAAAAAAAAUGAAAGAAAAAUUGAACUCUUCAAAUCAAAUGCAAAUAUUCAAUCAUUACAGCUUAAAGAAACACUUCAUUGCACCUUGUACUAUAACGUGGUUUACUAACCAAUAUUAUUCAGCCUUACCUGCUUAUCAGCAACCAAAUCAUUAUUUUUGUGUAAACACGUUUGAAGAACAGAUUUACAAAAAAGACACUUCUCCGUUUUUUAAGGAUUCCAAUUAUUUUACUUACAUGGCUCCAAAUCCUUCUCCGUGUUUUUCUAUGCAGCCGAUUUUUGAACAUUUUGUGGAUUACCCGCUGUUGACUACAAAUAAAAUUUACGAUUCUGCGCAACAAGAUGGCUUCUUUAUCCAAUGACUAACCACGAUUCAUUUCAAUAUAAGUUAAAAGUUGUUUUCUAUCAUUAAUCAAAAUCAAUGGUGGAAACUAAAAAGAAAUCCAAAAAAAUUGUCUUAUUUAUAUUUAUAAACAUUCUUAAUCAUAUUUUAUUAACUUUGUCAAUACAUUGUAAUCUAUUUUAUUUGUUAUUGAAUUUGAUGUUAUUAUAAUAAAUUCUAUAGUUGUAUGUGUUAACGUUAAUGCUACGUCACUAGAUAAUUUUAGAA